AUGAGGAUGAUGAAGAUGAGGAUGAUGGUUUCUCCGCGUCUGCCUGCCAUGGCUCUCUCUGAGCUCUUCCUCAGGCUCUUCCUCUGCGCGCAGAUCAUCUCCAGUUCCCUCCAGACAGAAAAUGAUGAUGACGAAGUGACAAACAAAACCUGGGUGUUGACCCCGAAGGUGUACGAGAGUGACGUCACACACAUUCUCAACAGUUUACUAGACGGAUAUGACAACAAGCUCAGGCCGGAUAUCGGAGUCAAACCCACUGUGAUCCACACGGACAUGUUUGUUAAUAGCAUUGGUCCUGUAAAUGCAAUCAACAUGGAAUACACCAUUGACAUCUUCUUCGCUCAGACCUGGUAUGACAGACGCCUGAAGUUCAACAGCACCAUGAAGGUCCUGCGUCUCAACAGCAACAUGGUGGGAAAGAUCUGGAUCCCUGACACCUUCUUCCGGAACUCCAAGAAGGCCGAUGCCCACUGGAUCACCACACCCAAUCGCAUGCUCCGGAUCUGGAAUGAUGGGCGGAUCCUGUACACACUGAGGUUGACCAUCGAUGCCGAGUGCCAGCUUAAACUGAAUAACUUUCCCAUGGAUGAACAUUCCUGUCCCCUGGAGUUCUCGAGCUACGGCUACCCGAAGGAGGAGCUCGUCUAUAAGUGGAAGCGGAGUUCUGUCGAGGUCGGAGACAUCCGUUCUUGGAGACUGUAUCAGUUCUCCUUCGUGGGUCUGAGGAACAUCUCAGAUAUCGUCAGCACCUUCUCAGGUGAUUACGUGGUGCUGACCGUCUUCUUCGACCUGAGCAGGAGGAUGGGCUACUUCACCAUCCAGACCUACAUCCCCUGCACCCUGAUCGUCGUCCUCUCCUGGGUCUCCUUCUGGAUCAACAAGGAUGCCGUCCCUGCUCGCACAUCCUUAGGAAUCACCACGGUGCUCACCAUGACAACGCUCAGCACCAUCGCCAGGAAGUCGCUGCCCAAAGUGUCGUACGUGACGGCCAUGGACCUCUUCGUGUCCGUGUGCUUCAUCUUCGUGUUCGCAGCGCUGAUUGAGUAUGGGACGCUGCACUACUUCGUGAGCAAUCGCAAACCGAGCAAAAACAAAGACAAAAAGAAGAAAAACCCGCUCCUCCGGCUCUUUCCCUCGAAGCAGAACCCGACGGUGGAUAUCCGUCCCCGCUCGGCUACAGCGAUCCAGAUGAACAACGCCACACACAUGCAGGAGCGCGAUGAGGAGUUUGGCUACGAGUGUCUGGACGGGAAAGACUGCACAAGCUUCUUUUGUUGCUUUGAGGAUUGUCGCUCAGGGGCGUGGCGUCACGGGCGCCUGCACAUCCGCGUCUCCAAGAUCGACUCGUACGCACGCAUCUUCUUCCCUACUGCCUUCGGCCUCUUCAACCUCGUCUACUGGGUGUCAUACCUGUACCUGUGA